AUGGAUGCUAACGCUGGCCAGCCGCUCCUGCAAGCUCCAGGAUUGGGUUUUCAGGUCCUCCACUACCACAGGUCUUCCUUGGACCCGGAUUCUUCGAUCAUUGUGCAUCAUAUCGGCAAUUACCACACCUUCGUUCUAGCUCAAGCGGCAGCACUGUUCGAGCUACGGCGCACAUUAAAUGACUACCUCCGAAUAGGAUACUACGGCCGCUACUACGAAAAGAUCGAUUCCAAGCUUUGGGGACUGAUCACAGCUUACAAGGAGAGUACGGUGCAUGGGUAUAUGCUUAUGCGCGAAAUUCCGAUGAACGAAUUUCAGAAACGUCUUGCGGGAGAGGAGUUACGGUUCGGAAACUCACGUGGAGGCAUCAUCACCAACACGCAAGGAACCAGCACAGCGUUACCAGUCGUGAGGCUACCAGUCAAGCCACAACAGCACAAACAAACCGCAACUCCCAAACGCAUAGCGAAGCGGGGAGAACACGUUGUCAUGCCCGAGCCUGCUCGUUCGUCACCGCAAUUUCCUCCGCCAGGUGCCAAGUACGACGAAGAAUGUCAGCCAGAGUGGUCACGGACUCGCCUGCCAUUGUUCGACCGGCGGGACGAUGGACCGUUCCGUAGACGAGGUCAGACACCAUACGCGCAAGUCAUGGCCUUCUCGCCAGCCGCAACAGCCACACUUAUCUCAUCCGCAGAGUUUAUCCCACUAAACUCUGAGCACAGCACGGAGGACGCAUUAGCAACUUCCUGA